CCUAUGAAUUGUGGGUAAUGACACACUUUUAGAAAAAGAAAUAUGGCUUCUAAAUAAGAUGUGAUGGGUCAUUUAAAAAUCAAAACAUUUAGACAUGACAAGUAAAUAUGCAUGGAAUUCUUGUCAUACGAGGCGAAAAGAAAACAUCAUUCUGUUGUUUGGACCGUAAAUUAUAGUGAAAAUAUGUAGUGAUAAUUUUAUAAACCACUAACUAAAUUCGAGGAUCGUAAGUAACCCGGGAUGCUAUUGACAUCACCGGUAGAAAAACCGAUAUUUGUUUUAUGAAUGUCACUUUUGAUUUGGAUUAAAUAACAGGAAAAAUUUCAAAAUGAGUUGUGAUGUUAUGCCGACGAUUUCUGAGGACGGUUCGAACGAUGGCGAGUCGCAGUGUUCGGGUGAUGAUGCUAACUUUGAACACUUGAUGGUAAACAUGCUGGAUGAGCGAGAUAAGUUGAUGGAAAAUUUGAGAGAAACUAAAGAUACGUUAUCAUUAACACAAGCCAAACUACAAGAUGUUGAAAGGGAGAGAGAUGCUCUCCAAAACCAACUUAAUUCCACUACCCCGCAGCAAGAAUUUGUUUCCUUAUCGAAAGAAGUUAAUAUUUUACGGGACCAGUUACUGGAAAGAGAGGAAGAAGUAGCAGAGCUCAAGGCUGAACGAAACAAUACCAGGUUGUUACUUGAACAUUUAGAAUGUUUAGUAUCACGACAUGAACGUUCACUGAGGAUGACAGUGGUCAAGCGACAAGCCUCCUCUCCAGCAGGUGUGUCCAGUGAAGUCGAGGUUCUCAAAGCUUUAAAAUCAUUGUUUGAACAUCACAAGGCUUUAGAUGAAAAGGUCAGAGAGAGAUUGAGAGUAGCUUUGGAAAAAGUUGCCUCCUUAGAGGAAGAAUUGACAAAUGCUAACCAAGAGUUAUUUACAUUAAGAGAACAGCAGAGUAAGUCGAGACAUUCUAGUGGCAGCACAGAAGAGACUAUGAAAUUGAUGAGUAAAAAUGAUCAUAAAGACGAAGCCAAACCCGAACAUCUACCUAAGAGAUUAUCAAAUGGAUCUAUAGACCCAGAUUCUGAAGUGAAUAGAAUUAUAGAAUUACAAGACACUGUAGAAAAACAAAAUAGUGAAUUAACUGCUACACGGACUAAGUUGUUAGAAUUAACAAAUAAGUGUACAGAAUUAGAGGAAAGCUUAACUACAACUUCAAAAGAUCUCAUUAAAUCACAGGAGCAAGUGGUCAAGUUGCAGAGAGAUUUAAGAGAGUCGUUAGCUCAGCGAGAGGACCAAGAGGAGAGGAUUGCUACAUUAGAAAAACGUUAUCUGAACGCCCAACGGGAAUCAACAUCUCUUCAUGAUCUCAAUGAUAAACUGGAGUCAGAGUUAGCUACAAAAGAGAGUCAGUUAAAAAGUACUGAAGAAAAGGUGCGAGCCACACAAGAGAAAUUAGAACUUGCCGAACAAAAAUUACAGCAAUCAUUGAAAAAAGCUGAGGCAUUGCCAACAGUAGAAGCAGAACUAGCUCAAAGAUUAGAAGCAUUAACUCAGGCAGAGGAACGUCAUGGUUCAGCAGAGGAACGAAUGCAGUUAACUGAAUCCAAACUACAUGAGAAAGAGACAGAAAUACAAAGGUGUCGACAAAGAGAGAAGAUGAAUGAAGAGCAUAAUACAAGAUUAUCACAAACUAUAGAUAAAUUAUUAUCUGAAUCUAACGAGAGGUUACAACUUCAUCUUAAAGAAAGAAUGCAGGCAUUAGAAGAAAAAAAUCAACUAACUCAAGAAUUAGAAAGUGUCAAUCAGGCACUAGAAGAAAUUCAGAAUGAAAAAGAGAGAAUGAAUGAAGAUUUAGCAAGAGCUAAAAAAGAAAUUGAUACUCUUAGGCAGCAACUUGAAUACCUGGCUAGGCCAGGUUCUGGAUAUGUGUUACAAAGUCCCAGUGAAAUAUCACGGCGGACACAGCGCGGCAGGGAACAUGCUCUUAAUGAUGAUCCUACAAAAGUGAAUACAUUAAAUGAACAGGAAUGGGAGAAGAUACAACAACAGCAUGUGUUAGCUAAUGUCCAGCAUGCUUUUGAUACCAGUGAUACAGAAGAAGAUAGCGAGUCCGUUCUGGGAACAUUUGACAUGUUGUCACCUAGUGGACAUACUGAUGCCCAGACCUUAGCCUGUAUGCUACAGGAACAACUUGACGCAAUAAAUAAUGAAAUAAGAUUGAUACAAGAAGAAAAAGAAUCUACAGAACAAAGAGCCGAAGAAUUAGAAAGCAGGGUAGGCAGUGGAAGUCUUGAUGCUAUCGCCAGCAGAUGGCGUACAUCUCCACCCCUCAGUGGUAGCUCCACCCCUACACCCAGGACGAUUUUGUCCAGAGAUUACCUACAAAAAUAUCACACUGCCCCUGCAGGAAUGUCAGCUUCACAUCUCUAUACUUAUUCCUCAUCUAGUCCACAGUUGGCUACUGCUACCACAGCUGAAUCUAUUAACCAGCAGCAGUAUAGUCGUGAUGAUUCAGCAGUGAAUGAAGAAGCCAUGACGAUAAAGUGUGAAUCUAGUCCCCCAACUCCACGGUCUUUACGUCUGGAGAGAAUAGCCACAGCAAUAGCUCAAACAUCUAAUCCAACUAAUGAAGAUUCAGUUUUAUCUUCUACACCAAAAUCUGUGAUAGAUACCAUGCAAGCAACAGCUAGUCCAUUUAGUUCUACCAGUAGUAGUCAAGAUUCUCUAUCCAAAAAUCAAAAGAAAAAGGGAAUUAAAAGCUCACUGGGAAGUUUCUUCAAGAAAAAAGGCAAAACGAAGGAAGGCAUCAAUCGAGAAAUGACACCUGUUGGUGGAGGAUUCGGUGAAAUGGGUGAUGUCAGUGCUGGUGAUGCUUUAACACUAGGACUUGGCCAAUCAGAAUAUGAUAGACGCAAGAAAAAAAAGCAUGAGUUAUUAGAAGAAGCAAUGAAGGCUGGUACUCCAUUUGCUUUAUGGAAUGGUCCGACUGUUGUAGCAUGGCUAGAGUUAUGGGUUGGUAUGCCAGCAUGGUAUGUGGCAGCAUGUAGGGCUAAUGUUAAAAGUGGUGCAAUAAUGUCUGCCUUGUCAGACCAGGAAAUACAGCGAGAGAUUGGUAUUAGUAAUCCAUUACAUCGCUUAAAAUUACGACUAGCCAUUCAGGAAAUGGUCAGUCUCACUAGUCCCUCAGCACCUAAAACUUCCAGAACUACAUUAGCAUUUGGUGAUAUGAACCAUGAGUGGAUAGGAAAUGAAUGGUUGCCUAGUCUAGGACUACCUCAGUAUAGAAGUCACUUUAUGGAAUGUUUAGUAGAUGCCAGGAUGUUAGAUCAUUUAACAAAAAAAGAUUUACGGGGACAAUUAAAAAUGGUCGAUAGUUUUCAUAGGACAAGUUUACAAUAUGGUAUAAAUUGUUUAAAAAGAUUAAAUUAUGAUAAAAAAGAAUUAGAACGGCGGAGAGAAGAAAGUGCUACAGAUUGUAAAGAUGUUUUAGUAUGGACAAAUGAACGUGUUAUAAAAUUUGUACAGUCUAUAGGUCUAAGAGAAUAUGCAAAUAAUUUAAUUGAGUCCGGAGUUCAUGGUUCACUUGUGGCUUUAGAUGAAAGCUUUGAUCAUAAUAGUAUCGCUUUAGCUUUACAAAUUCCUAACCAAAACCCACAGGCUCGUCAGAUAUUAGAAAGAGAAUUUAAUAACUUGUUAACGAUGGGAACAGAUAGACGGCUAGACGAGAAGAAAUCUAAGAAAGGGUGAAGGUGGAAAACUACGUAGAGCCCCUUCUUGGAGGAAGAAAUUCCGUCAAAAAGACAAAAGUAAAGAUAGCGGUGAUGAGGCAGAACCUGCAGAAUCUCAACAAUCACCACAGCAUCCUCGCCGUGGAAAUGACAAUUCCAUGGAACGAAGACCCAAUGAAAAUGGACGGACGUUCUCACAAUAGAACAUAAUAAAUUGAUCCAAAAGACCAAAAUAAUUGCUAGCAUCAUUAUUCAUUUCAAAGUGUAUGUUGUUGUCUCAGUGAGUUUAGAUAGACAAAGAUUGUUGUAUCACAACAUCCUGUACUUAAAGGGAUAAUCUCUAAAACCUUAUGAUUCACAUUUCUGUAUUCUCAUAGAUAGUCUCUAAAACCUUAGGAUUCACAUUUCUGUAUUCUCAUAGAAAAUUAUGAUUUGAAAUUUUAUCUUUUGUAAUGCAUACUUGUUAUAAUUCAAAUAUAAUUGUAGCUGAACUUUUACAGAAUUGAAAUGUGACAAAACACAAGUUUUUAUUGAAUCAAAAGAAUUUUUUAUGAGUUUUAUUUGGUCCGUGAGGUUUUUGUUACAGAGAUAAGUUUUGUGUACAUUUUUCUCUUAGAUACAGGAGGAGAGAUAAUUCUUUCGAAUACUUUGUAAACCUUACUACAAUUUUUUAUAUACUUUUUCUUUAUCUUCAAAACCGAAUUGCUGAUGAUUCUGUUCAGGUUUUAUUCAUUGGUGUAUGAUGAUAACAGUUUAAUAUAACCAUUGAUUAAACAAGUGGCAUGUGGUAUAUCUGUGAUAAAAACUCCAUAUUCAGGACUAAAUCCAUAAACAUAGAAUUAUACAGUACAUUUAUAUACAAAUCCAAUAUAUAAAGAUUGCCAAAAUGAUGAGAUAAGCUUUUUAUAAUUAUGAUAUUCAUAUAAAACAUUUAUUUAGCCAUAAUAAGAUACACCUAUAACUAUUUUCACACUCAAAGUGGAAAAGGGGGGGGGGGCUAUAUUGUAAUCACCUUGUAUGUCAUUUCUAUCUUCAUCACAAAUUUUUGUCACACAUUUCCCAGGAACUAGUAUUGAACAGAGUUACUACAUGUUUGGUUAGAAGCGUGACAGUUAUGCAUUGUCAAUUGUGAGAUUUGUUUCAGCAUCUUGUUGAAGGGACUUAAAACUGUAUUUCGAAAAAUACAACUUUCUACUUAAGGGUAUUGCAUCCUAUUUGGUCAGCUGCUCAACAGUACUGAGUUUUUGCUUUUCAAAUUUGUCCAUUCACCUAUAUCAUGUUUUCUUGAUACUUUGAAUUACAAGUGGGGAAAAUUCUUAGCAUAGCAACACCUGCAUUAUUGAUGGUAGAGAAGUACUAUGUAUGGUGCCUAUUAAGUUUUGAUACUCUUAUGGCAAUCAAUCUAAAAAAAUAUGGCCACCAUGGAUAGGUUUAUGUUAGAGCUAAAAUUUCACAUUUUUUUCCUUUCUUUUGAAGCAAUAUACUAAUUAAUAUAAUUAUGAUGGUAACUAUAUUUAGAUAAGUAUCAGUGAAAUUUAAAUUGCAUAUAAAUGGAAGUCAGCUACUUGUUAAAAAGCUGUAUAAUAUACCAUUCUCUGAUCACAAAUGGUAGAAACAAAUUAAAAACAGAAUGAAACCUUCAAUAUAAUCUGAUUUUGUCAUAAAAAAAUUAUAUAGUUAUGUUAAAAUGCAAGUAAAAAUUAAAAUUAAAAGGUGUCUUUAGAAGAAUAGAUUUAUUUAUGAUAUUAUCUAAGUUGAUCUUAUUAUGGCUAAAUAUUAUAUUUUGACGUGACAGUAAGUAGUAUAUAUUAAUUUUUUCAAUCUAGGUAGGUGUUGAUUUUCUAUAUGGAAAACCUGUGAACAAAGGGUAUCUCUUUAUCAAUAUCAUGCAGGUUUCCAUAGUAAACAAAAUUGUAAAAUAGUUGAAAAAAAUAUUGUAGCAAUAACCUAUUAAAAAGAUUUUAUUUGUUGCAUUUAUUUCCUGUUUUAGAAGGAGACCAAGAACAAUGUAUUUGUGUAGAACACAUUUGAUAUUAAUGUACAGAUAGUAUGUAGUAAAAAAUAUGUAUGACUGCUUUUACCCAUAAUGCCGUGGUGUACAUCAUAAUCAUAUGAUUGUUUGGGAUUAUGAGUUAUUUUAUGUUUAAAUUUUGUUAAAUUUGUUAAAUUAGUUGAAAGAUAGCUGAAUUUGUUUCUUCAUUAGUCAAGAGUUUAUUGGAAAAAAUCCUUUAAAAAUUAUUAAAAGUCAUUUUUAUCAUCAUGAUUUCAAUUCAUAUAAAUACAAGUACCCGUAGCUCUGUUGGUCAGUCUGUGAUGUAAGAAUCUGUGAUUUGGGUCUGUAUGACUGUUAUCUCAGUUUUACUGACCGGAGAAAGCUUUAGAUCAACAGGAAUCAGAAUUAUGACAUGGUUCUUUAUCUAUGGUUUAAAAAAUUAUUAGAUAUUUGUUUACUGAUUCAAUACCCUUCUUUAAAAAAAAAAUACAUGAUGAAGUCUUUGAUAUUUUAGCAAUGGUUGGCAAUAGGAUUACUUGUAUAAGUACAGUUACUUUUCAUUAAGUAUUUUGGUGCUAAGACCUUAUAUGUUUUAACAUUACAUUUUGGUUGUGCCUUCCAAGGAAAGCUUGGUUGUGAUUUCAGAUGUGUUCAUUAUAAAUAUACUCACUCCAUUAUAUAAUUCAUUAUAAACUACUUUCUUAGCACUAACUUAAAACUUCAACCCUUUGAGAAAAAUAGCCCAUGUCAAUACUCAUAGUACAAAACAAUGUUAUUGCAAAGGCCAGGAAAUCAAUGGCCUUGUAAUUAUGAUGAAAAGGAUUAGUUUGUUUAAAACAAAAUGUUACGAAUAAUGAAGGCAGACAUCAUUAACUCUACAAAACCACAGUAAUUUGAUGUCAUGAAUACAUUUAUUUGAAUUUCAAUUAGAAUUUAUUAAAAUGCAUUUAUUUCCAGUUUUAUAUAUCUGAUGAAAAAGUGUCAUAAAACAUUUUUGAUCCAUUACCAAAUAUUUUUUUGUGUUUUUUAUUGUGAUAGAUGACAUUGAUGAUUAUGAUGUGUAUCCAUGUGUAAUUGUGUGGGCUGUGUAUGUGUGUGUGUGGUACAUGCUUCAUUUUUAACGUCAUAUUUAUUUCUUACCAGAUUGUAAAUGUAAUAAACUGUAUAGCAUGUCUGAAAAUAUGCAAAUACAGUGAUUCAAACAGUA